GUCCUGUGUCUGUGGCCUGAUUUUAUGUGUGCGGUGAUUUGAGGCAACUCCAAUAACCCUGGACGGACAAGAAGAAGCCGUCACACCUAUACAUAAUUAAGUUGUUAGGCUUUGCCUAGUAACCGAUGAGUCAUCACAAGCAACCAAUGAAAUUAUUGGACUGAGAACAAAAAAAAUCAAGAAGCAGGUUGCUCAGAAGUGGGUUUUUCCAAUCCAGGUUGUUUAAGUUCGCUCUCACUGACUUGAUUCAAUCAAGCUUCUGAAACAAGGUUUUGUGUUUGAGUGAAGAUGUCAGACCCUGAGUCCCCAAACCAACCUCUGGUUGGAGCUUCUGACCAGCAAACAGCUGUCAAUGUGGGGGAACCAGCUCAGGGCUCCUCCCGGGCCUACAAGGUGGCAGGACUGACUCUUUUGGCCUGCGUGCUGAUCGUGGGUCAGUCAGCGAUCGCCUACUUCCUGUUCAGCCAGAGUGGUGAUAUUAAAAGCCUGCAGGACCAAAACAACAAAAUGAACACCGAGUUGACGAAGCCCAGAUCUGGUUCAAUGCCCGUGCAGAUGCAUGUGCCCAUGAGCAAUAUGCACCUGGUGUUUGAUGACACCAUGGAGGGGGAAGAAUCAACUUCAGGAAAAACACCUGCACCACUGACCAACUGUCAGCUCGAAGCUGCUGGCAUGAAGGCCAUGCAGGUGCCGGGAUUCUUCCCCAGAUGUGACACGAAUGGUCUCUACAACAGCCAGCAGUGCUUUCAAGCACUGUGUUGGUGCGUGAACCCAGAAACCGGGAUUCAGAUCCCUGGAUCUGCACGUGAAGGACUAGUCAUGUGCAACACAUCCGCCCCCGCUGGAAGGAUGGUUGAUACUACUGAUGAUGCUGUGGAAAUUCUCCCCGACUGAUUUUCUUCCAGAAAGCAUCAGUUUACUUCCUGUCUCGCUGCUUUACUGACACAUAAUUACAAUAUUUACUAGAUUUAGCUAAAGAGGCUUACUGUAUAUCCAAUUAACCAAUCAUUGGCUUUUUUCUAUUUUACUACCUUUUUGCAAGUGUUUUUGACACCUGUAUAAACAUGUGCAGCUUAAA